AUGGGGGACGCCGCUGGUCUGACUCCCCGCCAGAUCUGGGCUCAACCAACAUCCACGACCACCACGAGUUAUCACCCCGGUUGUACGCCGUUUCUCUUGCCACAGCAUGGCUAUAUUCAUUUGAACCGGACUGCCACUCUCACCUUGACGCAGAAUGCGGUUUUUGAGCCUCUAUGCACGGGUGAGCCGUCGAAUGUUACCAAUCCCUCUGCCGUGCUGGAUACCCGCGACCCCUUUUACUCCUCCGUUACGCCGCAGUUAUAUGCAAUCGGUUGCGCCACUGUUGUCAGCUAUCUUCUCGUUAUUAUCCUUCUGAUUACUCCGCGUACAUAUUACAUCGGUGGCCCCAGCGGUGGCGCAAAUUUCUUGAGUCGACAUGGUAUGAUUGGGGGGUCCUAUAGUGGUGGUUCCUCGACUGUGGGAGUUGGUGGCCGACCAUGGCUUCAAAAAGUUGCUGCAAUAUUGGUUGCCAUCUCAUUGACCAUCGCGAGUGCGGAUUCGUUCAAGGUCGCUGAGAGGCAGUAUGUAUAUGGAUACUCGGAUGCUGAAGCACUAACUGCAGAGGUUAUUGAUGGGAACGAAAUUCGAAUAGUUCGCGUCAUAUCCAGCACUUUUCUCUGGCUUGCUCAGGUUCAAACGUUGAUCCGAUUAUUCCCGCGACACAAGGAAAAGGUCAUGAUCAAAUGGGCUGGUUUUGCACUAAUCGUGUUGGAUACAACGUUCAGCAUACUCGAGAACUUCCUCGUGAAAACCAACACCACGCGACCACGAUUAUAUGACGAUGCGAUUCCUGCGCUCAGUUACCUAUUUGAACUUUCCUUGAACUUACUCUAUGCCGCAUGGGUUAUCUUUUAUUCCUUGUCGAAACACCGAUUCGCGUUCUUCCACCCGAAGAUGAAGAAUAUCUGCCUGGUAGCACUUCUAUCGCUCUGUGCGGUGUUGAUUCCAGUUGUGUUUUUCGUGUUGGAUAUUGCAAAGCCUGACGUGGCUGGCUGGGGUAGUUACAUCCGAUGGGUUGGAUCUGCCGCAGCGAGUGUCGUGGUCUGGGAAUGGGUGGAACGGAUCGAGGCUUUGGAGCGCGACGAAAGAAAGGAUGGAAUUCUCGGAAGGGAGAUCUUCGAUGGUGAUGAAAUGUUGGAAAUUACGCCGUCAGAAGAAGUCGAUUGGCCGCGCCAAACCUAUACUGGAAAUGAUCGAGGCGGCGGUACAGGCGCAUCGUCAGGCUGGGGAGGCAUGAUGGGCUUAGCACAUCAUCCCUUGCGAACUCGAAAUAACGGACCACGAAGACAGCCUGGCCCACAGAGUCAAACAUACGCCCUCUUUGCCGAGUCACGGCGCCGGCGAGCAGCCCGGCCCACUCCACCGCCGGUAGCGGUUACGCCUGUCAGCCGAGCAGAUACCAACAGUGCGGCAAGCACGGUGUAUAACGUCCGCUACCACCCUGUAUCGAGUCCCACCCCGCCGGUUGUGAUGCCUUAUAUGGAAGAGGAGGAGGAAACGGAUGGACCCAAGGAGCAGGAUAUCAGACAGCGUAAUGAUCAUUCCGACGAAGCUCUCACGGCACAACAGCAUCAAACCGUCCACACAGAUCCACGAUGGCGGAGUCUACUGAAUCAAUUCAAACGAAGACGUGCAUCUCCGCCAAGGGAAGUCGCCUCCGCACAGGCAGAGCAUCCCGAGGAGAAAGAGUCGGAUUCCUCCGAGGACGAAGGGAACGAACAGCAACCCAGUGCGCCGCGCAGAGACAAUCAUUUCUUCCCUUUUCACCGGAAAAGACAUCCUGCAAGCGGACGACAAGCUGCCGAUGCAUCCUUGCCGAUCACCGUCAUUCCUGCCCGCAAUCAGGGACAAAGCAACUGGUCGCCGCAGUUGUUCAAUGACUCAAGUCUUCUUGAGCAGGGCCGCCAUCCAGUUUCCGGUCAUUCUAAUUUACCUGUUAGGGUCAUUCCAUCGCAGAUGGGAAUCGCUCCGCCAUGGUCGGCCGACGGUAAUGCCAACCAUUAUGAACUGCGCUAUGACCCCGAAGCGGCGGCUCUUGUCGGGUCCGAUGACCAUCUUCCAGGCCAUAUUUCUACGAAUCACACGCACGAUGCGUCUCAAGCUUCUGAAGGGGCGGGUUCUGAUGGGACGGUCUACCAACCUACACCACAGCGGCCGGGUCAGGAACGCGGGCAAUCUUUUGGCCAUUUCGGCACAGGACAAUAA